UCACUUCACUUGUUGCACUUAUCGUACUUUCAAAAACUUUAUCCCAUUGAAUAAUAUACCCGUUUUCGUGAGAAUGGUAAUCUCUUAUCUUAAUUGAGUCGAUCUAGAAUUGAAAAACAGUUUAUGUUAUCUAAUUAACCGUUAUAACAGUGAUACGGGAUCGUGGGAGCGUGUUUUCGUUUUCCGUUGAUACUUUACGAUGCACCUGCAGUGCAGAUAUUAUGUCGAUUGCUGCAACGCACCGAGUGAACAAUCGUGACACGGUUGAACGACUAAAUAAUGAAAAUCCUGUUAGUUACCCAUGCUUGUGUUACGAGACAGGUGGAACGAGAUCGUACAAGUCUGUGAGGAGUCAUCAAGAAAAAGCAGUUCUACAUCAAUGGAUUCAGACAGGCUGUCUUCAGCAAAUAUUUCAACACACAGUUCAGGGACAGCGGGAACAGUUGGAGGGUCUGUGGUGGGAGUCAGGCCUGGUGAAGCCGGCCAUAAGAGACAGGAUGAAGAUGAAUAUAACUUGGGACCUUUGCCUCCGAUGUGGGAGAAGGCAUUUACACCUUCAGGAGAGGCGUAUUUUAUAGAUCACAACACUGGAACUUCUCACUGGCUCGAUCCUCGACUUGCUAGGGUCCGGAAACACUCUCUAGGAGAAUGCGGAGAGGACGAGCUGCCCUACGGAUGGGAGAGGGUCACAGACGAGAGAUAUGGGUCGUAUUAUGUGGACCAUAUCAACAGGCGGACACAGUAUGAGAACCCGGUGCUGCAGGCUAGAAGGUUACGAGCAGAAAAAAUAGGCCCCGAAAACGGAAAUGGAGGCCCACCAAAUGGAUCAAGUUCUUCCGGAGAGCUGCGAGGCGAAAGGUUCGCUCUCACGCUCACGAAAAGCACACAGGGUCUGGGCUUCACACUGAUUGGUGCCGAAGGUCUGCCAGAAACGGAGGGGUAUCUACAGAUUCGCAGUAUCGUGCCAAACAGUCCCGCAUGGAUUGAUGGUGCCCUGCGACCCGGAGAUGUGCUGGUCGGAGUUGGCGGCCGAGGCGUGCGAGGCCUGUCACACGCGCAAGUAGCACAGAUGUUCCAAAACAUUGCGCCUGGGAGCAGUGUUGCGUUACAUCUAGUUAGAGGGUACCCUCUCUCCUUUGAUUCUGAAGACCCUAAUACCAGGGUACUCAGUACUCUGGCAGUAGAUGCCAGCACACCGGCCUCUUCAGACGCUGUGGCCAUGCAACAACUGACAAGGGCUUUAAGGACAAGAUUCAAUUUGGAUUCUCCGUCAAACACGAGUUGUGGUCGUGAUGAAGCGGACACAGCCACACCUAGUCCUGGACAAAGAAGACUGAUGUCUCGCUCUUUCGACCUUGAUGCUAUGAGUGACCAGCGGGACCAGGGACAAGCACAAGAUCAACUAAGCAACAGCGCGCAGUCCUCCGGCGGCGCGGGCGCGGGCGCGGGCGCGGGGCGCGAGCUGGAGCUGCGCCUGCGCCGCGGCGCCGCCGGCUUCGGCUUCACCGUCGCCGACAGCGUGCACGGACAGAAAGUUAAAAAGGUAUUGGACCGAUCGCGAUGCUCCGGCGCAGGGCUCCGCGAGGGGGACUUACUGCUACAAAUUGGAGAUACCGACGUACGACACGCGCCGCACCAACGGGUAGUACAGGUCCUGAAAGAUUGUCCCGCCAUGCACGAGACAACAAUUCGAGUGUGGAGAAGGAACAACGCCACCGGUAGAGCCCCUCGCAGCCGCUCGGCUACUAGAGUACCUCCUACGAACAGUAAGAAAUAAUACAAAAAAGGAUUGACUAAC